AUGCCCGAGGCGGCGGCACCCCCGCCGCUGCCGCUCCUGGCGGCGGCGAGCUCCCCGGCGGCCGCCGCGCUGCCGCGGGCGAGGCGGCGGCAGCAGCAGCAGCGGAGGGGGUGGCGGCGCCCGCGGAGGUUGCUGGUCUGGGGCGCCCUCGUGGCCUUCUUCUUCAUCAUGAACUGGUGGAUGUUCUCCCGACUUCAGGACCCCUCGGCGCGCCCGCACUUCCGUCUGAGGCGCCACCCGCCCCGCGCGCCUGCCACUGCCAAUUCGUCGCUCUUCACUCUGGAAGAGGUGGCUGGUGCUGCUAAGGGGAAGAGGGCACAUAGGGUUAUGCUCACCCGGUUGCUUGCUUUGGCAGGCCAUGCUUUGGCAGAGGCAGAGACCAGGCCUGAACCUAAGGAUUUGUGGGAAGAGCCGAUAAAUGCUACUAUGUGGAGACCGUGUUCUGACCAAAGGGAUUGGAAAGCCUCAGAGGGAACCAAUGGCUACAUCAUGAUCAGUGCGAAUGGUGGCAUAAACCAGCAAAGGGUUGCGAUUUGUAAUGCAGUUACAAUCUCACGGUUGCUCAAUGCAACUCUUGUUCUCCCAAAAUUCUUGUACAGUAAUGUGUGGCUGGACAAAAGUCAGUUUGGCGAUAUAUAUCAGGAGGAUUAUUUUAUCAAAUAUCUGAAAUCUGAUAUUCAGAUUGUAAAGGAUCUUCCAGCAGAGCUGCAGUCAUUAGACUUGGAGGCGAUCGGUAGCCUUGUUAAUGAUACAGAUGUCAUGAAAGAGGCAAAGCCCAGUUUAUACAUGAAAAAAGUACUGCCAAUUUUACUGAGAAACAGAGUUGUUCAUUUUAUAGGAUUUGGCAAUCGCUUAUCUUUUGACCCUAUACCUUCUGACCUUCAGAGAUUGCGAUGCAGAUGUAAUUUUCACGCUCUUCGCUUUGUACACAAAAUUCAAGAAACUGGUGCAGUUCUUGUAGAGAGGUUGCAUGGCCAUAGGGCCUCUUCGUCGCCUUUGAAGGAUAAUCUUUUAGGCCAGUUUGCCAUCAAGUCUGACCCCAGUGCGAACAAGAGUGAUGCAUCCAAAUAUCUGGCUGUUCAUCUCCGGUUUGAGAUUGAUAUGGUUGCAUACUCAUUGUGUUACUUUGGUGGUGGCAAAGAUGAGGAAGAUGAACUAGAAGCUUAUCGCCAAAUUCACUUUCCUGUUCUGUCAGAACUCAGGAAGACGACAAAGUUGCCCUCUGCUGCUUUCUUACGGUCUGAAGGCAAAUGCCCCCUUGCACCUGAAGAGGCUGUGCUUAUGCUUGCCGCUAUUGGUUUCAAGCGCAGCACAAAUAUAUACAUUGCAGGCGCUGAAAUUUAUGGAGGGAAGGAUAGGAUGGCUGCCAUAAGUCGUCUUUAUCCUGCUUUAGUAACUAAAGAAACCCUUCUGUCUCCAUCAGAGCUUGAACCAUUUAGGAACUUCUCAUCUCAGUUGGCAGCCCUGGACUUCAUUGCAUGUGCAGCUGCCGAUGCAUUUGCUAUGACUGACCCAGGAAGUCAAUUCUCUUCUCUCGUUCAAGGUUACCGCAUGUACUAUGGUGGUGGGGACCUUCCCACAGUAAGGCCAAACAAGCGCCGGCUAGCCAGCAUACUUGUGAAGAAUGCCACGAUUGAGUGGAAUGAAUUUGAAAGUAGAAAGAAAGACUAUACCAAUGAGAUCGCCAAAGCUGACUCUGGUGACCGAACUGAGCAACAACAUUCUUAUUGUUGCUAUUGCUAUCGUGCCUCAAUUCUACUCGGGUUACCAUUCAACAAAUCAUGCUGCCAGAGUUCUGCCAACCGUGUAUUGCCAUCUCCAUUGUUGCUAUUGUGCGAUGGAGCCAGAUGGCAGCUUCCGAAUGAACAACCUAACUACUUGGCGUCAACAGCCAAUGAAAGGUGGCGAUAUAGGACCCCACCUCCCAUGGACCCUGAGAAGUUGAAAGCCGUAAUUGCUGGAUACUCACAGAGUAUAUUUUCUUGCCUAAAAAAAUUGAGUUCAAGCGUUCUUGAAGAUCUUCUGUUCUUAUUUUGGAUUGUUACAGUUGGGACGGCAUUCAUUGCUGCAACCUUUUUGGUGUUUGGAGGAGCAACAGCUGUGAUGUUGUACACAGCAGAUAAGCUACAGUUGCAUUCAGUAGAUGACGUGAAAACCAAAGGAAAAGAUGCACUGCAGCCACGAGCUGAUAUGAUUAAAGAACAAAUAGCUCCAUUGAGAAGCUGGGCUGAAGAAAUGUCCCGAAAAUGGCAUUUCGAAGGCGAUAAAGAAGCAAAGGAGAAGUCUGUCAUCAUUAGAGAGCUUUCAAGAGCUCUGGGCUCCAGGACUACCCCUAGUUGA